AUGUCUUUGUGGCUCACGGGCCCAGUUGCUCCGCGGCAUGUGGGAUCCUCCCAGACCAGGGCUCGAACCCGUGUCCCCUGCAUUGGCAGGCAGAUUCUCAACCACUGCGCCACCAGGGAAGCCCGAUCCUUGGAUAUUUUUGAUGAGAGAUUACAUCCACUCACACGAGAAAAGAUUCCAGAGGAAUACUGCGAGCAUGAUCCUGAACACAAAUUCAUUUACAGAUUUGUUCAUACUCUUUGUAGUGCCGCACAGCUCACUGCUGAAUGUGCAGUUGUAACUUUGGUUUACUUAGAAAGGCUUUUAACUUAUGCUGAGAUCGACAUUUGCCCCACUAACUGGAAAAGAAUUGUUUUGGGAGCCAUUCUUCUUGCCUCCAAGGUUUGGGACGAUCAGGCUGUAUGGAAUGUGGACUACUGCCGGAUCCUCAAGGACGUUACAGUUGAGGACAUGAAUGAGAUGGAAAGGCACUUCCUGGAGCUACUUCAGUUUAAUAUUAAUGUUCUUUUCAGUGUGUAUGCCAAAUACUACUUUGACCUUCACUCCUUAGCACAUGACAACAACCUGAAUGUUCUAUUCGCUCCUCUUAGCAAAGAAAGAGCACAGAACUUAGAGGCCAUUUCCAGAUUGUGUGACGACGAAUACAAAGACGUGUGUAGAGCUGCUAUGAGAAGGUCUUUCAGCACUGAUCAUUUCAUUGGUAUUCGGCGCUCCAAUGCCAUCCUCUCUUAAGGGAGAAGUGAGGGGUUGUAACAUCAUAAACCCCUCGAAACAAGGACUGGAGAAAUAUCACCUCUCCUGCUCAGAAACCAGCAAAGUUAGUAUUUUCACCUUAAAGAAAGACAUUGAAUUCAAGAGACUCAUGGACAAGCGAAGAUUAUGCUCAUAGGAAAGAACGGGACCUCGUCAAUGUAACACGCUCUUCUGUCCUUUUUAUUAUAAACAGAGUUACAAAAACCACUCCAAAGCUAAAAGCUCCCAAUCCAUGCACAGAUAUCUGCUCCCAAUCCACGCACAGAUAUCUGAUAGCUGUGAACUAUGUGAGGUUUUUUAAUGAAUAGCUUAAAUUUUUAGACUUUAAAGACACUAACUAUAUAACUUCUAUGUUUUUCUUGCCUCACUGUCCCAUAAUG